AUGCAGACACCCUGCGAACGGGUCAGCCUCCAGCACAUCCAGCAUCCGUCCGCCAAUUUUUCCCCUCCCUUAUCCUCCUCAUCCAACAUUGCUGGCAUAGGCGCAAUCUCCUCUGCUUCCUCCUCUGCCUCCUGGCCGCUGGUGACCGGACAGAACAGAUCGAGGGCUCACGGGGUCAUUUACAGGGUCGGUCAGUCCGGAGGUGAGACCACUAACCUUGUGGUCUCGGACCUCUCAGACCAAUGCAAUCGGCUCCAUCUGAAGGCAGGUUUCCUGAGUCCUUACUUGUCCUGAUAUCAUUAAAUGCACAUAUAUGUGUAGAUUAGAUUAAAGACGAAAAGAAGGAAGACUGAAAUGGCCACUCCUGGUUUAUUAGCGGUCAUCAGCCAGCCACAUCUAACUCCAGGUUUGGAGCGCCUGGUAUUCGAACCUGGCAUAUUUUGGUCGUUGAAUCCACUGAGCAAUGAACCAGUUGUCCGGUCGGCUCGAUGACAUAUAUGGAUACAGGCGAAAAUGUCAAGCCACCUACUGCGACAUGACCGACAAACGACUAAGAAUGUGCGCGCAUAAGCCCACUUUAGCCGUAAAGCGAAUGGAUGCGCGAUCACACAUCGCUAUGCACAGUCUGGAAAAAAAAACAACCGGUUUGACUUUGACAGUGUGCGAGUGAGCGGUUGCCAUCACAGACGUUUCUUCUAGGUUUUCUGUAGUGCAUUGCCAAUGUUGGAUGUUCAUCCUUAUGCCGCUGCCCUCGAUGGUUUCAGAUCUAAUCACGAAGGCAAAACGUUACCAAUAAACUUUGGAUCAGCAAGCCGAACGUCAUCCCCUAAGUCGCGUGAGAUACUCCGGGUCGCAGUAGAUAGUGGUCCGCAGUCCAGUGCUAUGACACUGGACUGAAACAGCCACUCACGAUCCCUACCUAGCGGCUCACUGACGGCGGAAAUUAACUAACAAUCAGUCCUUUCAGUCUCCUUUUCUUUAUCAGCGGGCCUUUGGAAGCUUUAAUCAUUCUCGAAUGUCCUUCCACCAUAGCAGUACUUAGCCAGUGGACUGAAAUUAGGAAUACCAGUGCCUCUUUUGCCGAAGAAUCUCAUCCCCCUGCCUUUUUUCUGAUGUUAAUCAUUCAGGAUUGGCCAAAGCCCCUUUUGGAAUUUGGUCGUCGGAACUUUCUCUAAAAACCGAAGGCUCCCGGCCUUCACGUGGCGUUUGGACUCUUUCCAUAAGGAAAGACGGAUUAGGUACGGAAGUAUGGACCCCCCUUAUUACAGGUGACCUUGCCCGCAAUUCCAAGGAGGUUUAAGGCUAGGGUUAAAGUCGGGGCAUGGGAAUACGUACCCCUGUACGGGGAGAUCCACAUUCUCGCGUCCAAAUAGAACUUAAAAUGCAUCAUUCUUUGGUAGCCCCCCCCCCCAGAUCAAAUUGUUCCCAUAACCAGACUCACUAAUUUCACUGAAUUUUGCAAAUCUUUAUAAUAUACCUCUAACGUGUCUUUAGAGAUGCUUCUGAUAGACUGCUGUCCCUCGAUGCCUCACGGAAUGUCCCAUAUUCGCAAGCCUGGUGGUUUUUUGGAUCGUUCCGUUAUCGUAAGUAGGAGCAGCCUCACUGCGUGCACCAAAAGUCAAAAUAUCGACACUACUUACAUACAUUAUGAGUAAAGCAGUCGAAGCUCAAAGGGUGAAGUACAUACCUAGGGGAAUGAUCCCCUGUGACUCAAUAUUAGCGUACUGUAACGAACUGUCAGCAGGCACAAAGUAAAGGGACGCUAACCGCCAUAAAAAGCGAAUUGCGCCAAUGGGGAGUGCUUAUAGACCCCUCUUCUGUCAUAAUACGGUUUGUCCGGCGUGGUUACCAAAUUACAAAAAAAUAGCAAAAUUAGGUUGUUUGGAAGAGGGGCUGAGGCGUCUUCUGAUCGAUCUGGCUUUAAAAGUCGCAAGAGAGUAAGCUUUUUCCGAGACCUUCUGAGCACUGCGGACAUCACACGUACGUUGUCUGGUGUUGGUGCUGAUCUACAAAUGGACGAAGGUUCCCACAGAAGCCACAGCGUGGGUAAGGAUUCACCAUCACUAAACACUGCUUUAUUCGUAAGCUCGAUAUUAUUUUGCAAGUUAAGACAGGUGCAUACAUGCUCCUGGAGUUCUUCACAUUCAUAAGCGACCUGAGAAGUGCAGUUUUCUCUCAACUGACAAUGUGUAUACAGCACUGGUGAGAUAUAUGCCUUUGCAGGGACGGUGGUAGAGCCAACAUUACAUCUUUUUCAUGUCUUCUUUCAACAGCAGUAUAAUCGCCAGGAAGCUGAGGAUGUUGUCAGUCCUCCGGUCUCCGAACUCCUAUCCCAAACCAGUGUAUUCCCUGGCAGCAAGACGGAAAGCGAACUCUUUAGGGACCUAACUUGCGGCUCGGCCGCUGCCGCCGCCGCGGCGACCUGCUGGCGUCCGGGAAAAAACUACGGCUCCGUCGCCUCCACAAUCCUGACCGCCUCUCCGCCCUCGGCCAGCAGCCUCACCUGCGACACCUUUCCGCCCCGUUUAGCCGCGGCCGCAGCUUCUGCUGGCCAGGGCACCGACACCUACCUCCGAAACCCCCUCAUCUUUCAGCCUCACUGCAACACAAGUGGCCUCGGUAGCGGUGGCAGUAGUAGAUGCCCACCUGAGAGGCCCGGUUCCGGAUCCACCGCCUCAUCGCCUGGCAGGCCGGAGAAGCUGGCCGGUUACCUGAACAAGAAUCCCGACGAGCCCAUCACAUCGCCAGUGGCGGGCAUGACAGCAAGUGGGGAUACUACGCGUCGAAAUACCUGA